AUUCAUUUUUUAUUUUCAGACUUAGAAAGCCCAUAUAUUGAGUGAAAAUAUGUAUUUUUUGUUGUUAGCAGCCAACAUUCUUCAUGCGUUACUGUCCCCAAAAGUGGGGAUUACUGGCAUUUGCAAGUCAGUCUAUUCUUGUACAGAGUAUCUGUGGAUGUUGCCAAAAUUUGCUGGGAUGGACUUUAACCCUCCAUCAAUGACUUUUGAUCACCCUGGAUUCUUGUCCACGAAACAAAUUCUUAUUCUGGUUCCAUUUCUCGCUGAUGAUACUUCGAAGUAUCAGCUUCCAGAACACGUGAAAUGGAUCAAUUCAUCGGAUUCAAAAUGGCAAUGGAACUACAAGCGUGAGAUCUUCGGAGAAUCAUCAAAAGCAGUUGUACUAGCACAACGCAAACAUCAUAGCUUGUCAAAAACUUUCAAAGCAGCUGGUCUCAGACUGAAUUCAACGUGUUUAGUGUCCAAAAAUGCGCUAGGAAUCCCAAUCAGUGAUUGGCAACUGCCAGAAAUAUCACAACUUUUAAACAUUCCGCAAGAAACCGAGUCUUUAGUCCGGAAAUUGUUUCAAAUUUCCGCUCGCCACCGGCACAAACUCGGUCACGAAUUGGGAAGCCACAAAACAGACCACUUCCGAGUCAAGCUUGCCAACGAAGAAGACCUGGAUAUUCAGCCAAGGAAAAGCACGACUUUCAAUAUGCUCAUCAUUUUGUUUGGUUUGGCCAGCAUUCCGGGUUCGGAUACGAUUCUUUUCAUCACAAUCCAUCAGGUUUUCCGGGUUCAAGACUUGGUUCCUCUGUCACAACUCACAAGUGAUGAUAAAUUGAUAGAACAAGAGAAGGCGCCUGCUGAAGACUUCCACGAUGCGAGCAACCUUGGACAGCCC